CCCCCGCUUUAUGUUUCCAACUGAGCCGGUGUCUGUCGAAGGCAACGCACCGAAAGCGCUCUUUUUCAACGCGAAUUCUACUCACAAGUGUUUACAAAAACACUGCCGGUGGAGUAGCGUUUCCAUUCUACUUUUCACCGCCUUUCCUGUGGAUAAUACGUCGUGUUUCCUUUCCUUCCCUCUCCGAGUCGAUCGAUGUGUGGAUUCUUACCGCAUUUCUGUGCCUGCAACGUGGACUUUAAGCCCUGACUCGAGCCGCGCUUGUCGGAAUAUAAACAAACAGCAGAAGAAGGAGGGAUUUAAUUUUUAUUCACUAAAGAAAGACAAGAGGAAUGCUGCUGUCCAAGCUGAAUUCUCUGGCUCAUAUCUCCACCGUGGACAUGCCGGCGAAGCUCCAGGUUCAUCCAGUCAAAGAGAAGGAGCCCUUUGAGAAGCUGUACCAGGUCGGCGCGGUGCUGGGCAGCGGCGGGUUCGGCACCGUCUACUCCGGUACGAGGAUAGCCGACGGAGCUCCGGUCGCUGUCAAACAUGUAGCCAAGGACAGAGUCUCUGAGUGGGGAGAGCUGCCCAACGGCUCCAGGGUUCCCAUGGAGAUUGUGCUCCUGAAGAAAGUCAGCACGGGCUUCCGUGGCGUGAUCAAAAUGCUGGACUGGUUCGAGCGUCCCGACAGCUUCAUCGUCGUGAUGGAGAGGCCAGAGCAUGUCAAGGACCUGUUUGACUUCAUCACGGAGAGGGGGGCCCUGCCCGAGGAGCUGGCGCGCAGCUUUUUCCGCCAGGUGCUGGAGGCCGUGCGGCACUGCCACAGCUGUGGUGUGGUGCACCGGGACAUCAAGGACGAGAACAUCCUCAUCGACCUGCGCACGGGCGAGAUGAAGCUCAUCGACUUUGGCUCUGGCGCGCUGCUGAAGGACACCAUCUACACAGACUUUGACGGUACCAGAGUGUACAGCCCGCCAGAGUGGAUCAAAUACCACCGCUACCACGGCCGCUCCGCCACCGUGUGGUCUCUGGGCGUCCUGCUGUACGACAUGGUGUGCGGGGACAUCCCGUUCGAACACGACGAGGAGAUCAUUAAAGGGCAAGUCCUCUUCCGGAGGAGAAUUUCCACAGAGUGCCAACAGCUCAUAAAGUGGUGUCUGUCUCUGCGGCCUGCCGACCGCCCGUCCUUCGAGGACAUCAUCAACCACACAUGGAUGCAGAGCGUGUCCUCCUCCGUCAUCCCGUCCAUGGCGACGCAGACGGAGAAGGCGGGCCCGGAGAUCAGGCUGCACAGCAUCGCCCACGAGUCCACAGCGCCGGUGGUGGCCCGAUGAUGGACAAAAAGUGGUUCCCCCCGUGGGUUGAACUGAACUGGACUGUGCCGCUGACCACGAGAGACUCACCGCAGAGAGACUCGUGCGACGGACUCGAUGCAGAACGCACAGAGCGGGCUGUCCCAGCACUGACAAGAGCGAGGUGUAAAGGAACUACACGACGGGAGGCACAGAUCUCGACAACCUUCAGAUCUGACAGACCCUCGUCUUGACCGCCGCACCCAGUCCAAACGGGUGUGUGCGCGUCUUUAGUUGGAGGAAAACACUCGUGCUGAAGGAACAGUCUGAGUUAUGUAACCUCGCGCUGCGCCCGAAAACAGGCGUUGGCAAAACGAGGAGCGUGAUUUUAAAAAAAAGUGCCUUCUGUGAGAUUAUUGCUGGGGGGGAUUGAGCCUGAAAAUACUUGAAAAAUGUUGUCUACAGCCUUUCUUUGCUUCUUACUCUGUACAAGGCUUUAUAUCAUAUUUUCCUCUCACGGGCCUAGAUCAGUAAAGCCUGUGUCUUCACAUUUCCUCAGCCACUACGACGUACUACUACUACUACUACUAUUACUACUCCAAUGUCUUUAGCAACUACACAACCUCGUGGCGCCGGCCCCAAACCUGUGCAAACAAGUUGUUUUGGAGAAAGAAAGAAAAAAAACACUGGACUUACCUCACUCUCUUUUACUACAGCAUCCACCUCUUUACUCUACAAACUCCACUCCCUCCCUGGUUCACGUGUCGUACUGUCAACAAACACACGCAAAGGCUUUAGGGCGACCGCUGCUUCAAUUCACUUCACUUCACACCCUGAAUGCACACCACAAUGCAAAACUGAAAAAAGAAAAAAACACAACAUCCUCUGCUCUUCAACUCAAUUGUUUUUCAUAUUUUUUUUUAUUUUUUCGUAACACAGUGCCUCACAAA